AUGCUAGUGAAUAAUGCAAUAAUUAUUAUAUUUGUUGUUAUAACCGGAAUAGCACUCGUGCAAUGCGGUACUUCAAUUGGCAAACUUCGUCCAAAAUUAAAAAAAGAAGGAAGUAGGCAUAAAUCAAAUAAUGAUGACAUCCUUGCACGCAGUCUUUCGGAUUUCGGCGUCGUACGAAGAUCUUUGAAUCCUAUGACGUAUCAACAAUAUAGCAGUUUUCAAUAUCUGGAAGAAGAGGAAACUGUUUCUACCGGCGAAAAUAAAAAGAACGUAGUAAUAGAGAAAUUAAAAUUGUCAGUGACAUUCCGUGAUAACAUACUUUAUGUCUUCUCGUACUUGCUCCACGGUAGUGAAAACGAUUUGAUGGAGGACCAGUAUACAGCCUUGCAGACGCUUUACGUCUUCCUCAAGAAGAAGAUGGUUUAUAUGUACAACUUAUUGUCUAUUUUACCCAAAUUAGACACCCCGGAUAAGAAUCAACAAACAAGCGUCAUAUUGUCGUCGUUGAUACCAAAUUUACCAGCUUAUACUCAAUGCACGGCCAAAUACUUGCUCAAUGAGAUAGACUUGAAAAGAGUCGAUUUCAAUGCGUUACUGAAACCAACGGAAUUUGAGACAUUUAAUUAUCUUGCCAAUAUUGAUAUAAACACGAUUUCAAUCACUAAAAUUAAAAACGAAGAGAUGAUGGGAUACGAUAGAAACUCGAACAUCACUCAAACAGCUGUUGGUCCGGUGUUCGUAAAGAUUCUUUACAAUCUACAAGUAAAGAAGCUAUCUCUGUCGCAAGAACAAUUCGGUUUGAUAGUGAUAAACUUACCGAAUCCUAGCGAAGAUCCCGUAUUGGAAGAAAAUGUCAGAUUUAUUUAUGAUUUAACCAAAAAUAGUGUCAUUGAACGUAACAGUUGGAAUUCGAUCGUGAGGGAGGCUCCUGUUGAGAAGGACGCUUAUACACUUGUCUUCUUCAUCCUAACCAAAAUUCUCAAUUCAAACUUAGAAGUGACCAUAAAGGAUGCCACGGCUUACGUGUACCAUCACUUGAAAAUUGUAACGGUUCCGACUCAUAUUAAUUCAAACUUCAAAUAUAUGCAACAUCUGAUUGAGAAAGACCUUGAUAUAGGAAUGCUGCUGUCAGCCGUUACUCCUCAGGAGUUUGAUCAAGAUGCAGUGCGCAUGAAAGACCAACUACUAACGUACUUCAUGCGCAAUUACAGAAACGAGGACAUAAACAAAAUCCUCAAAGGAUUCAAUAAAUUUGCCUAUAACGAUCCUUUGGAUCUUCUCUUGGCGUUCCUAACGAGACUUACGAAUCGCGUAUCAAGUAAUCCAAAUACUAAUUCAGUACUGCACAAUUCGGCUACAGUUCUGCUUUCAGCUGUAAUUAUGGAAAGGUAUUCUAGAUUCUUCAUGCCAUUUGUGUCACCAGAAAUCGACGUAUUGAUACUUUUGGACUCUUUGAAAAUUCCUAACAUAGAACCAGCCCUUCAGUCGACAAUAGAUUCCAUAAAACUUGAAUUAAUCGCACAGCCACAAAUAUCCGUGCUUCUGAGCACUUUGAUACCGACGGAGAAAGAAAAGUGUACGAUACCUAAACAAUGUUUGGUGAAUACAUUCCAGCAGAUACAAAAAAUACAAAAUAAUAUACCUAUGACGUUAACAACAAAAAUUCAAAACGUAGUAUAUAUGCUAAAACAAACACAAACAACACAACAACAGAAAACGCAAUAUACCAUAAAACCAGUGGAUGUAAAUGUCUAUGUAGACCGAGAAAACCAAGUAGGUAUGGCAGUCGGAACAGAUAAUACAUAUAUAGGCAAUGUGCCAAGUAACUUCAAUAAAGUUUCGUAUGGAUAUGUAUGGAACAUAGAUAAAUAUGUUGGUAAAGCCGGUCUCGCUGUACAAGGUGUAUCAAAAGGUAGAACUUCGGAGAUUUGGGAAACAAGAAUUCCUACAUACGUCGACUCUAGAGAAACAAAGGUUGUAUCACCAACUACGAUAAAACAAGCACCAGUUACCGAGACGUUAGUCACCAAGAGAAAACUCACCAAGGAAACAACAAAAGGCAUCGAACCGAAGGUCACCCAAACACCAGUUACCGAAUAUGUACCUAUUCGAGGAUCAACAUCAGUUCGGCCUAUAACUUUGAAACCUUUGUUAACAACAUCAGUACCUAAUGUUCCUAUUCUGAUUAAUACUUAUAAACCGACACAAAAACCACAAACAUGGCAGCCACAUUAUACAACAGAGAGCACUGUUGAAGAACAUACAACUGAAAUAAACUAUUCUUCAGAACAUACUACAGAUCCACAAUUAAUAAUUUAUGAAGUAUCACGUCGCCCCAGUACAAGCGAGGAAAUUGAGGAGGUAUCCUUUGUGGAAGAAAUGGUUAAAAUUACAACGAAAAAACCUAUUGAAAUGACAACACAUAAACCAAAACUUUUACAGAAGGUUGAAGAGAAAAUGAAUAACGAAAGCGUGUCAAAUGCGGUAGUAUUACCUCCGAGUAUAAAAACUGAUCGACCUCUUAGAGUGCUACUAUCCAAGACUGGCGUCCUAGUUGUUACGACGGGUAAUAAUUACAACGCAACAGAGCCUGAGAUUGUUUUACCAGAGGUUAAGAAACUUUUGAAACCACCGGACAUAAAUGAACUUAUGCGAGAAACGAAGUCAACAAUAGUAAAACAAGUAUUGCAACCAUUGUCUGCUAUAUUUGGCAAAAAUGUUAAGAAAAUCUUGAAGAAUGUGGAUGUAAAACGUAUCCCCACGAACAUUGCAUUAUUGUCAACAAUACUUAAGAAAGCCAUAACUUAUCCCGAAGUAAUAAAGAAUACAGAAUUGACAACCACAAUUUAUAAAUACAUUUCUACUAUAGAAUAUGUUAGCCCAACAAUUUUGUUACCUAUCAUAGUUUCGUCGAAGAAGCUUGUAACCAACGUCGUAUAUUCUACGUUUAGUCCAAAUAACUUCACUUACAGUAUAAUUGGCGAAAAUCCACCCAGUAAACAGUUGACAGUCGAAAGUGUCACUAUACCUCUUGUCAAUCCUAAAUUAUUGUUACAGUCUGUAAAACCAUCUAAUCCUUACAUUGAUUUACUACCUACUUUGGAAAAAGGAAACCCGUUUGCGGCCGUAGUACAAUCUCUUAAAAUGAUUUUCAAAUCCUCAAAAAUUAUGGAAAUACUUGGACCCGAUUUUCAACCGUUGUUGUACCCAAAUAAGGGUGCGCUUCUGAUAACGCUCUUGUACAAACUAAAGGAGAGUAAAAUGAUUCAAUCAAAUCCGAAGCUGAAAUACUCGGUUGAAAUUUAUAUACAAGCUAUCGAGAUACCAUCGAUGACCAUUCAAGUAUCUGAAGAUAGACUCGUGAAAAUGAUGUCUGAAACUACGGGUCAGUGGCAGCCUGAACUGACGAGUUUGAUGUAUGCUCUUCCAAUUAUUCAGAACGAUGCCGAAAUCAUUAUGCAAAAGACGCUGAAUCAAUUCCUCGACGAUCUAACUCUUUUGGAUCGAUUGAACAUACCAAUGCCUCCAUCAACUAUGACUCGCGGAGAACUUUUGCAGAAAAUUAUUGCCAGUUCAGUGUACGGUAACAUAAAUCUUGAGGACAGCCUUAUGGUGGCGCUUAGAUAUUAUGAACACAAGGUACAAUUCACUGGUGAUGGUGCUUUGCCCAUCAUAUGGAUGUGGGUCGAAACGUACGUAGUUAAGACGGAAGUAAACUUAGGCACCAUGAUCCAAGAGACGGUGGAUUUUGAUGAGUUGACGUACAAAGAGAAACUAGCGUACAAUGAAUUAAUCACAUAUUUGGCUCAAAAUCCUAGUCUCUUACAAGACAAUGACGACUUCAAUUUCGAACAGUACAAGACGCAAGGGAAGUUUAUUCAAGGUUUAUUCAAGCACUUGCUAAAGAAGCCGGAGAUUACUACUAAAAUUAAAAAAGACAUUGUGAUCAUACUUCCACGCGUGAAACAGGAUGGAGCAGGCGCGAUCUUGAUGCCAACUUACUCUGAAUUUUAAAAGAUCGGUAGAUUUAUUAAAUAAAAUACAAUUCACCAACAGAAAUGCUCUAAUUAGACACUAUUGAUCUGAAUUUAUAAGAAAUAGAAAAUGAGUAUAAAUACGUCCGAAAACGAGUGUGUUUUAUAAUAAAGAAUUAACUAAGGUAUUUUUUAUUUGUGUGUUUGUAAUGCUAAACAAUUUGCCAUGUGUUAAAUAUUGUCUCGUAUAGAAUUUUUAAUAUUGCAUAUUAAGAUUACACACAAAAUAAAUUGUAUAAUUUAAGAAAAAUAACAUGUAAGUCUGUUAAUAGCGCAAUUUGUAAAGGAAAGAGGAAGACAGAAAUAGAGAGACACGUGAAAACUUUAUAUAUUUGUUAAAUUAUACAAGAAGUUUUAAA